AUGCCUCCAAGGCGGCGACGGACGGUUGAGGAUGUCACGUUGCAUGACGAGCUUGCUGAAUUGCGGCAGUCUAAUCAAACGCUUCAACAUAUGAUGAAUGAAAUUCUCCAAAGGAUGCAAACUUUUCCCUGGCGAAGUCGAAGAAGUCACUCUAGAAUUUCAGGAAGUCAGAGUGAUAUGGAUGAGGGAUCUGAUUCGUUUAGUUCGAAAGAAAAUUCAGAAGCUGCUUUUGGUGAUCGUUGGGCCAUGGAACGAUUGACGAGAGCUCUUAAAGGAACAGAUAGGAGUAUUCAAGUUCACGUGCCGGACUUCGAAGGAAAGUUAGACCCUGAACAAUAUUGUGAUUGGGUUGCCUCUUUGGAAGCAUUUUUUGAAUGGAAAAACAUGACAGAAGAGAGAAAGGUGCAGUUUGUGGCUACAAAAUUGAAGGGCCAUGCCUUGGUUUGGUGGCAGCAAUAUCAACGAAGUCGAGAUAGAAGAGGAGUCCCGAGAGUUGGCACAUGGGCAGAGAUGAAGUUGAAGUUGGAUGAGAAAUUUCUUCCUCUAGAUUACUCUCAUUCCUUGUACCAAAAGUUCCACCGUCUUCGCCAUCACAAUGAGCAAUCUGUGGCUGAUUACACGAAGCAAUUUUACAAGUUGUGGAGUCGCAUUAAUCUAAUGGAGACAGAUGAUCAACUUGUUGCUAGAUACACAAGUGGUUUGAAACUCAACCUUCAAGGGGAGUUAAUGAUGCAUCCCAUCCAUUCACUUGAAGAGGCAUAUCAGAUGGCGCUUAAAGCAGAAGAAAAGGUUAAAUGGGCUCCUUUCGGAAAAGGUGACACUAGUAAAGCUUUGAAAGGGAAGACGGUUACCCAAAACAAGAAAAAUUCAGCACCCAACUCUGAGCAUCCAAACCCACAUGCUGGAGGAGGAAAAAAGGACUUUGGUAAAGCUGAAUCGUCUUCAAGUUCUAAGUGUUUCAGGUGUGGUGAAGCUGGUCAUCGUGCUUAUGAAUGUCCUACCAAGAAAGCUGAGGUGAAUUUUGUUCAAGAAGGGCAAGAAGAAGAAGAAGAGCCUAUUUAUGAUGAAGAGCCUGAAGGUGGAAUUGAAAGGGAGUAUUGUGAACCUGAGUAUGAUGCCCAAAGUCUUGUGAUUCAACAGGUAAUGACUGUUCAAGAAAAUGAUAAGUGGCUCAAGCAUAACAUCUUCCGAACUUAUUGCUUGGCCAAUGGGAAAAAGUGUAUCUUGAUGGUUGAUUCUGGAAGUGUAGAAAAUAUGGUGUCUAAGACAAUGGUCGGGAAGUUGAAACUUGCAUGUGAGUAG